GACACUUGGUCGUAAAUCGUAAAAGCUCGCGAGAUCUGGAAAAUGGAAGAAGAAAAUUCAAAUUCGGAAUGUGCGUUGUUGGCAUUUAAAUCCACAGAGAAGAGGCCGACAAGUGCUGUGACACCUUUUUCAAUUAACGAUAUUUUGAGCAACAAGGAAGAUGUCAAAGUUGGCAGGACUGGUGUACAGGAAGCGGCUUUGGAUAUGUCUAAGAAUCACAAAAUUAACGGAGAAGAUCUUCGCGCAUCCACUUUAUCUCCCCUCAGCUCAGAGUACGCGACCGAACUACACCAAUCGGAAGAAACCGGUCAUAGGGAUUCCGGCCAACCGAACCGCAAGAAGAGAUCGCGGGCCGCUUUUACACACGCCCAAGUGUUCGAGCUGGAACGCAGGUUCAGUCAGCAGAGGUAUCUCAGCGGACCCGAAAGGGCGGACUUAGCCGCGGCCUUGAAGCUCACGGAAACACAGGUUAAAAUCUGGUACCAAAACCGACGAUACAAAACUAAGCGCAAACAACUCCAAAUGCAAGAAUCUAAUAUGCUCAACCCGAACGUCAGAAAGGUAGCCGUUAAGGUUUUAGUGAAGGACGACAUGCCUAUAUUCCUUCAACAAAAAUCGCCUAUUUACCAGAAGGCACCGUAUUACCCUGAAACUACCAGCAAAAAUGAAUAUUUUGUAUACGAUCAGCUAAAUAAGAAUAUAAAUCCGAAAUAUCCGAAAACAAUCCAAGAAUCCAUGCUAAGUCUUUGUCAACAGUACUCAAGUUCUAUGCAGCUUUUCCCUUACUUUAAUUAUUACCACCCCUCUUUAAUUGGGGCGCUGAAUCAGCAAGAUGAAGAUCAUGUUUCGGAAACUAGUGAACAAACUUAAAAAGCAAAGUAGAUAGUUUUCCAUUGUACGUAGCUGUAGAAGUGAUAUUUGCGAUGGGCAUUGUAAUAUUUAUGAAAAUAAAAUUGUUCCUGUUCACUGUAAAACUUCUGUUCCUGUUGUAAAAGAUAAAUUUUUAGGUAGACGUUACUUUUGUAAAUUUCCGUCUUUGUAGCUCCUUAAGCAGCUAAUAAAAGUACUUUUUAGCCUUCUAGUCAUCGAAAAAAUAUGUGCACAUAUCUCCAAUGUAAUACAAAUUCACAUAAUUAUGUACCUUCCGUAUAUUUGACCAAGAAAACUGGAUUGUGUGAUAAUUAAAACUGAUUAUAUAGAUGUCACUCCAUUUUAGAUUACAUUGUAAAAUACUGUAUAUAUUAUUUAAUGUUUUUAGUGGUAAAUUGCUGAUCAUUGAUUUUUCUUUCUUAAU